GAUGACCUAUGCAAAUCACACACACCCAAAGAGCUCGUUCCUUCUUUCCCUCUCUGUUUCACUCUGAUCAUCCGAUGUUGGAGCUGUACCAUUGAGAAUUUGAAACUUGCGUCUUUCGGGUGAAGGGAGGGCCUUCGUUGCUAACUUUUUUGAAAUGGGUUCUUGGAAUGUUCAUUGGAAAACGCCAUUUUAAGUCACUUCAGGAGCCACCAUCGGCCUGCAUCCUUCUCAGAAUUCACUGGAUUGCAGUUGAGAAACUAUGGAAAAUCCAGCAUCAACACCCCGUUGGAACCUCGAGAGGCCCUUUCUCACUGGGCGUUUCCACCAGGAAGCAAAAACUACUUCUCUUUUUUCUGAAUUAAAGUUGGAUUCCUUCAGCAAUGGGGGGCUGGAAAAGGCCAUAGGCUGUUAUGAUACUGCAAUUCAGGAACUUAUUGUAAUUGAUGAUCUCCUCUCUGCCCUGCUUGGAAUUGAGGGACGCUAUAUUUCAAUUAAAAGAGUUCAUGGAAAAGAGAAUGAAAUUUCUUUCCAGGUUGAUGCAUCUAUGGAUUUGACUCUUCAGGAAUUGGCAAAAAGAAUAUUUCCUCUGUGUGAGAGCUUUCUGUUCAUUAAUCAGUUUGUUGAAUCAAGAUCUCAGUUCAAAAAGGGCUUGGUUAAUCAUGCCUUUGCUGCGGCGCUUAGAGCUCUCCUUCUGGAUUAUCAAGCAAUGGUAGCCCAGCUUGAGCACCAGUUUCGACUUGGUAGACUUUCCACCCAAGGAUUGUGGUUUUACUGUCAGCCUGUGAUGGGUUCCAUGCAAGCAUUAUCUGCUGUGACACGAAAGGUCUCGGCUAGUGAUAUUGCAGGUUCUGCGGUUCUUAACCUCUUGCAGAGCCAGGCCAAGGCUAUGGCUGGUGAUAAUGCAGUGAGGUCUUUGCUGGAAAAGAUGACACAGUGUGCAAGCAAUGCUUACCUUGGUAUAUUAGAAAGAUGGGUUUAUGAGGGAGUAAUCGAUGAUCCUUAUGGUGAAUUUUUCAUUGUGGAAAACAAAUCUCUAAGGAAGGAGAGCCUCUAUCAAGAUUAUGAUACAAAGUACUGGAGGUGUCGCUAUAGUCUCAAGGAGGGAAUUCCUACAUUUCUUGCAAAUAUAGCAGGAAUGAUAUUGACGACAGGAAAAUAUCUAAAUGUCAUGAGAGAGUGUGGCCAUAAUGUUCAGCUACCUGUUUCAGAAAAUUCAAAGUUAAUGAGUUUUGGCUCAAAUCAUCAAUAUUUGGAGUGUAUAAAAGCUGCUUAUGAUUUUUCCAGCAGUGAACUAUUGAAACUUAUUAAAGAAAAGUAUGACCUGGUGGUGAAGCUGAGGUCAAUUAAGCAUUACCUUCUGCUUGAUCAGGGUGAUUUCUUGGUUCAUUUUAUGGACAUUGCUCGAGAUGAACUUUCAAAAAAGCUUGAUGAUAUUUCUGUAGAAAAGUUGCAGUCUCUGCUGGAUGUUGCCUUACGCUCCACAGCAGCUGCAGCAGAUCCUUGUCAUGAGGACUUAACGUGUUGUGUGGAAAGAAUGUCGUUGCCUAAAAGCUUGCGUGCACUUAAGGAUCUAGUUGACAGUAGGACUCUUCCAGGCAUCAAUGAUGAGGAAGAACCCAUGGGCAUUACUGGCCUUGAGACAUUUUCUUUGAGUUAUAAGGUCAGAUGGCCCUUGUCUAUAGUUAUAUCAUGGAAAUCUCUAUCAAAGUACCAGCUGAUUUUCCGCUUUCUUUUCCACUGCAAGCAUGUGGAGCGCCAGCUUUGUUGGGCAUGGCAAGUACAUCAAGUAGGGCUUGGGUGUUCUGUUCGUUCCCUUAAUAUCAGUGGUACAUCCAUCUCAAGAUCAUCGUUACUCUGUCGUUCAAUGCUUAAAUUUAUUAAUAGCCUUCUACACUAUUUGACAUUUGAGGUUCUUGAACCCAAUUGGCAUGUAAUGCACAACCGGAUUCAGACUGCAAAGAGCAUUGAUGAGGUUAUCCGGCAUCAUGAUUUCUUCCUUGACAAAUGUCUCCGAGAAUGUUUGCUUUUGUUGCCACAGUUGCUUAAGAAAGUGGAGAGGUUGAAAUUACUAUGCCUGCAGUAUGCAGCAGCUACACAGUGCUUGAUUUCAUCCUCCAUUGAUGUCUGCAAGUCAGAGGAAUCGUCCAAUAGCUUGACCCGUUCCGAAACAUCCAAGCAAUGGAAUGGAAGAACUCCCAAGGGAGCGAUACUAAGCGCCUCCAACUCGACAGUCACCGAGUCUAUCCUUAAAUUUGAGAAGGAAUUCAACUCUGAGCUUCAGAGUUUGGGACCACUUCUGAGUAAAAGCUCCCAGGCUGAGCCAUAUUUAACUCACCUUGCUCAGUGGAUUCUUGGCAUGGAAAUAACAAAUAGGUUCUAAAUUUCUUCCCUAACUGCAACUUUACAGAAUUGAUUUCAUAGAGGUCUAGAAAGCAUAAUGUUUUGAUUGCUACCGUUCGCUCGGUAUGUCUUACACUUUCUAGGAGUCGGGUUUUUUUACAUGUCGAUGUGCUUUAUUUUUACUUGUGAGUUGUUAGAAAGUUAACAAAAUUCUCCCCUACCCACGUAA